AUGUUUCGUAACAGAUCUGCUUGGUUUUCACGCAGUGUCCCAAAAGAAGCUAAGACAUUCUGGAAGAUGGAAGGAGGGACUUUAAGAGACUGGAGAACAGCAGAUUAUCUGUUCAGUCAGGAUGCUUCAUGUCCUGAUACUAAAAGCAUAUAUUUCAGCAGAGACUACCUGUCCAAUAAGGUCACAGUCUUCCACAGUUUCUUCCUGUCUGUGUGUGAAAAGAGGAAGAGUUUCCAGUCCAUGAGCAUCGGACACUAUGUGCUGCCUCCAGACUCUGUCCAGGAGGAGGUGAGAAAUGUCAUUGGGAGGUUGAUUUGGGAACGUGACGAUUCCCAGGACCCUGAGACUUUUAGUAAGAACGUAGAAGAUGAAGACAGCGACGGAGAAGCAAGUCCACUUAACUCUGUAGAAACAAACGCUUCAGUAAACGAGUCACUAUGUAGAUGCUCUUCAGUUUAUCCCUCCAAUAACAUGCUCACAGGUUACGUGAGCAUGGACAGUCUCCCAAAAUAUUCAGGACCUUUGAGUGACUUUUGCCCAGGACGUUUCAGACACUGCGCUUCAUGA